AUGGCGUGUAAUAGUAACGGAAACAAUAAUUUCUUUGAGAAAGACAUUAUAUCUUCACAAAACAAUCAGCUUUUAGAUGGUGGUUUGCGUGUGAGCAAGUUCCCUAGUGGGGUAUUAAAGGUAGUGGAGAGGAAGCGAGGCCAAGUAACCUGUUCUCUCCAUACCAAACUCUUUCAGGAGCCUAUUCACAGUGUAAAUGGUCAUAAUUUAUCCUCUUGGUAAGCAAUGACCACCAUUACAAUUAUUAAACAAUUAAGUUUCUUUUUUCAGUUUUUACUGUUUUGUAUCCUCCCCUACCUAUAAGUUAUAUCCAGGUAGUGUGAAGAUGUUUGAUAUCAUUUUUAUCGUAAACUAAAAGUCUCAAACGAAGCUUAAGACCACUGUACGUUUGGCAAAGACAGUGGGGCUCAAAUCUCGGUAGUGGCGCGUUAUCAGUAUUGAAUUUCUACGUUUCUCAGGCUAUAAUCCACCCUGUUUGGUUCGUCUCAUAAAAAGUUUGACGUUUUGCGCUUGAUGAUCCGCUCUAAGAAAACUUGUGAAGAGGAGUGCUGAAAUUUGAACUCAACAGAUUGGGCUCUAAUAUGCUGCUCAAAGGCAUUCUAACUUGCGCGUGAUUCGAACAGGAAGUUAUUUUACCUUUGCGCGCGCGCGCUAGCAGUGACAGUUUUUAGUUUUAGAAAUAGUUUUUAGGUUUAUAUUAAUGAAGUAAUAUUAGUAUGAAAAAGCGGUUUAUCUCAGCUGUAAACGUAACCCUGUACUUUCUUUCAAAACGUGAAAGAAAUAUUUUUGCCAUAAAAGCACUGUCUUGUAAAUAAACGCAUUACUUUUCGUUCACCGUUUUACAACUCGGAACCUUCGUUUACUUCAUGCAAGCUCUUUAUUACGACAUUCCGACGUCAUUAACUUUUUUCGCUUUUCCCGUUCAGCUACAGUCACGAAAUUUAGAGACAGCUAAAUCAUUUUUUUUUACGAGGAUAAGCACUUUUUGGCACCCCGGUAAUAGAGAAUUAACUGCUUGUGUGAAGAUGGAGGUAGGUGUUUUUCUCUUUUGCUAUCAAGUUAAAAAAAGGAAAGAAAAAAACACACAGUUUUUCUAAAAUGGAAUUCCUUAAAACAUCAUUUAAACUUGGGAUCGUGCAAAAAUUUAAAGAACAAUGUUUCGAACGGUACUUUCAUUGGGAUAAUACUGUAGUUUCCUGUAUCAUUAACUCAGUGGAUGAUUGAUGUUGUGAGGAAGAUGGGGAGAUGUGCGUAUUGUUCGGCAUGCUCCGAUCAUACACCAAAAUCAUGUCUCCAAAUAGAGCACAAAAGUGUUUUUUUUUUUCUUUCCUUUUGUUUAAGAAUUAUAUAUUUCUCUUAGAUGAAGCAGCAGGAUUUGGAUUUGAACAAUUUUAUAAAUGGUUUAAGUCAACAACAGCCAAAAUUUCUUAACAAUUAGAUCCCAUUUUACAGGCAUUAAUGUUAUGGAAGGCAGUUGACGACUACGUUCACGGUAUUAUUCGAGAUUCAAGGAGGAAGAAAUACAAAAUACAAACUCUUAGCUGCGAAGAAGAGGGCAAGGAUGAUGUGUCAACGCAAUUCAAGUCUGUGAUAACUGAGGUAAUACUUAAUGUGUGCGUUUCAGCCGAAUUUUUAAUGUCAAAUCCCUCUCAGUUACACUUCAGGAUAUAAUUCCAGAAUAUAGCCUGCUUGGCAGACGUCGAAAAGGUUAGGGGCGGAUGACAGGGAAAUAGAGACCUAAAUAGGGAGGGGAUUCCCUACUUUGUCUCCCUCUCUGUUGUGCUCUUUUUUUCGCGCCGGCCACGCAGACCAGGUUGAAUGUGAUGGUUCCGGUACGCCCAUGAAGAUUUUGUAGGUGUGCAGGGAGGUGUGAGACGCUAUGAAAAAGAGGAUAAGUUCCUGACAUGCAGAUUCCAUUUGUCUUGUCUUAGCGAAAAAUCGCACUGGCCUACGUCAGCUGGUCACCUUAAAUAUUUGACAUCCAUGAAGGAAUUCACCUGCAUAUGAUGACUAGUAUUAUGACAUCUUCUUCCCUACAUCUACAUCUAUAAAGAGGCUUUUACUUUAUGUUUCCUUGAUCUCAUCUAAAUUUUUUAAACUCUUUUCUAGAAAAAAAAUUCGGGCGUUGGAAAGAAGAGAGGAUCAAUUGCUCCAUUAACAACUGAGCGACGUAAGCAAAUUACACUUUAGUCUUCUUCUAUUCCUAACACUGGCUAACAGAUCGACCCACUGACAGAAUUGAUCGCAUACACGUUACAUUCGCCGGUUUUAUUUGAUUAUGCAUGCAUUUAUUCACUAUAUGCCAAGUUUGGAUGCCGAUGUCCUUGUUUUCCAGGAGCAGUUGAAUUCUUCCUUCAAGUAAGAGUUCAACUUCUCUUACAAAGCAAGGCACAUCAAUCAAUCUGGCAAUUGAUCAACCAAAACCAAAAUAUUUAGCGCAUAUUUCUUGGAUAAUCUUGAGAAUUCUUGAACAUUUCUUUAUCCAACGCUUUUCAUCGGAGGCGCGUAUAUUUUCAAACUACUAGAAGUAGCCAGGUGUUUUCAAAAGUUACACCAUUUAUAUAUGAAUGGAAUGGCCACUUAUGAGUCUCAUGACUCAUAAGUCAGGUACAUGUAGCCGUCGGACGCCAUUCAUUUAUUUACUGAGACGAUUUGGUGUUGAUGUGUCGUCUUAAAAGAGCGGUUUAUUUUCUAAUGUAAGUCUUUCUUAAAUGGCAGACCUAACAGUCAAUCAGUCGAUGAAACGAUAUCCAUCUGUCCGUCCAACCAACAACAAACCAAUCAAUCAAUCAAUCAAUCAAUCAAUCAAUCAAUCGUUCUGGGCUCGUUCAGUCUUUCGGUCAGUUAAGUUUGCUCGUCUUGCUGGUUCUCUCCUUCGUUCGUUCGUUCCUUCAUUCAAGUGGGUGCCAAAGAUGUCCUUGUUUUGCAGGAGCAGUUGAAUUCCUCCUUUCAGUAAGGGUUCAACUUUUCUUGCAAAGGAAGGAACAUCAAUCAAUCAAUCGAUCAUUCGUUCUAGGAUCGUUCUGUCUUUCAGCCAGUAUUUUGUUCGUCUUGUGUUCUUCCUUCCUUCCUCCCUUCAUUCAAUUGGGUACCAAGAUGUCUUUGUUUUGCAGGAGCAGUUGAAUUCCUCCUUUCAGUAAGGGUUCAACUUUUCUUGCAAAGGAAGGAACAUCAAUCAAUCAAUCAUUCGUUCUAGAUCUGAGCUCGUUCGGUCUUUCAGUCUUUAUUUUAUUCGUCUUCCUUCCUUCCUUUAUUCAUUCAUUCAACUGUGUGCCAAGAUGUCCUUGUUUUGCAGGAGCAGUUGAAUUCCUCCUUUCUGUAAGGAUUCAACUUCUCUUACAAAGGAAGGUACCGCAAUCAAUCAAUCAAUCGAUCAUUCGUUCUGGGCUCCUUCGCUCUUUCAGUCAGUAUUUUGUUCGUCUUCCUUCGUCCCUCCUUCUUCCCUUCCUUCCUUAAUUCAUUCAAUAGGGUGCUAAAGUCCCCGUUUUUAAGGAGCGGUUGAAUUCUUCCUUUCAUUGAGGGUUCAGCGUCCCAUACAAAGCUAGGCACAUCAACCAAUCAAUCAAUCAAUCACUUGUUCUGGACUCGUUCCGUCUCUCAGUCAGUAGUUUAUUCGUCUUCCUCCCUUCAUUCAAUUGGGUGCCACGAAUUCCUUGUUUUGCAGGAGCAGUUGAAUUCUUCCUUUCAGUAAGGGGUUCAACUUCUCUUACAAAAGAGGGCUCAUCAAUCAAUCAAUGAAUCAAUCAACUGAUAAAUCAAAACCAAAACGCGUAUUACUGAUAAUCUUGAGAAUUUCAGAAGAAUCGGCUUUGGCCUUAAAGCUUUUCUUCGGAAGUGCGCAUCUAAAAGACUUUAAAACUACUAAAAUUGAUCCAAGUGUCUUUCUAUCUACAGUGUUAAAAAGGAUAAUGAUGAGCUUCUUAUUUGUCCCUUAGCCAUGUCUGACUGAAUCAAUUCAUUAAUCAGUCAAUCAAACUAUUAAUCAACAAACUGACAAAAUCGCACUACUGUACGAUAGCCUUUUUCUACUACUUAUCAUAAUCAGUUACACGGCGAGAGCUCUUUUCAACUUAAGGCUGAAAAUGUUGGUUUACACUUUUAUUCCCAUUUCCAAAAACAAGUCAAUAAAGAACAGUGAUGGUAAAACCUAUAAAAUUUCAAAAAUGUCAACUAAGCGUCUGUCAAAACAAGGAAACAGACGAAAAGUCAUGUACGUUUGAUUUCGGAAAUUUAUAUUGAUAUUUCAUUACUCCCAGCUUUCAAAGGGAAGCAGCCACGGAAAAACUCAUUACUCCACUUGGACGAAAUCAGCAAACUUGUGGACGAAAAAAAUGCGACUGAGUUUAAGGAUUUCAUCUUUUUUCCAGGUAAGUAACUUACUUUAAAAGAUUAAUUUCUUUCUCUGAAAACUGAAAAUAAUACAUUUUUGAAGCAGAAUAUCUUGACGUUGCCUCAUUGAUUUGACUUCCUGAGUCGUUGAUCGCUUCAUUGCGCCGUAUUCACUAUUUUCACCUAGUUCAUAACCCCUAUUUACUCCCCAAAUUUUACAUAACUAUUGUUUCUAAUCUUUCCUGGGUAUACGCUCUUCUCACGUAUGGUAAUAUGCCCGUCUAACCUCGUUUUUGAGUAAAAAGUCCUUUGAAAUGCUAAUCAGACGACGUUUUCGUAUUUGAAUUUCAAAAGAAUUUUUACCCGUAAACGAGGUUAGACGGGCAUAUUACCAUAUGUGAGAAGAGCGUAUUACAGUCUUCCAACGAGAUUGGCCCCAAGAGAAAUCGAAGACAACGGUUAUGCAAAAUUUAGGGGAGGGGGGUGGGUAAAAGAGAUGCAUUAUGGUCUCGGUGGAAAUGGAGAAUACAGGUGAUUAUUCAAGGCCCCGUUCUCGGUUCUUGGUUGGACCGGAGAUAUCAACCCAGCAUUGCUUAUCAGAAGAUUAGGUCCAAAACUGACCAGAGACCCUUUAAAAUGGUAACGUUAUGGUCAUUUCCGAAUAAAUAGUAGUAAUUACACUGUAUUGUUAUCAUUAUUUGGUAAUUGACGCAUUUAUUUUAGGGCUUCAGGACGUAAAUGGAAAUGACAUUGUAAUCAUCAACACAUCAAAGCUUCCCAAGAAGUCCCAGUUUUCGACAAAGAAAUGCUUUAAAGGUGUCAGAGAUGCUCUAAUCUUGUAAGUGAAUUCAUGAUGAUCAAAGUGCUCUAAAGUUAUCUGCUUUAAGUAAACAUAAAAUUGUUCACAACCAGAGCUCAUGACCGCUUACUCGUUUUAACAGAGGGUUCAAACGAAAUUUUUUUUUUAAAGUUGUUCUCCUUUAAAAGGCGGCUUUCAGUACAACCACCGCGGCUAAUUUUCAAGACCAACUAAUAAGCAAUUUGUCAUGUUUGCGUCGUUUCCAGAUGGGAACAUGCAAAGGGCUCUAUAAAAAGGCUGAGAUUAUUGUUCUCGCAGCGCCUUCACGAAAACCUAAAUAUAAAAUCCUAUAUUCUUAACCUUCUGCAUGAGGCUGAGAACUAAUAAACUAAUAAAGCUAAUGCGGGAAAACUCUAAGCCUUCUUUCUAGCCCUAGCCCUAACCUAACUAUAACUAACUCUAACCUUUACCUAAGGCCCCAGACCCUUUACUCUUACUGUUAUUUUUGCCUUUAUCCCAAACCUGAUCCAGCUUAGAUGAAAACCGUUAUUCCAUAGAUAUUUGACGAAAAAAAUAGAUCAGAGCAAACGAGUUGAACUUAUUAUAGGUACGCGUGUAGGAUGUCAAAAAUCCUUGUUAUGCAGCGCAAGGCUUAUCGCCUACCCCUCCUGCGUAAACGGAAACCGGCAUCUGGUCCUGAAUAGCCUGUAUGGUUCAAGGCUCCUUAUUGGUGAUCAGGGGCGAAUAUCCGAGGCCGAGUGCGAACAGCAGAGUGGGGAAGGGAGUAG